GACUGCAUUUGCCAACAAAUCGCGAAAGGGGCAGGACGAGCCCAACUAAGAGUAGCGGUGAUAGUCGAACGGCACGCGUUUCAUCCUCGGUUAUUUGUAUUCCGAAUAUACCCAUGUAGUUUUUCUUAUGUUGGCUAACAUGCCUGGCCUGAAGGAGCAGCCCCAUCCGAUGCGUAGACUCAUUAGACAGCUAUCAAACCAUGUUCUGGACGGCGGUAGCCUCCUCCACACUCUCGUCCAACAGUGCCGAGAGCUCGGCGGGAUUGGCCAGUGCGGCGCCCAGUUACCAGCAGCAGCACACGAAGCCAUCGCCGCUGAGAGCCUCCGCCAGCAGUUGGCAGCUUAGUAAUGCAGCAUUCAAGUCGCGCCUGCAACAGCAACAGCUACUGCACCAGCACCAGCAACAGAUACAGCAGCAGCAGCACGAGCAGCAGCAACAGGAGCAGCAGCAGCAACAGGAGCAGCAGCAGCAGCAGCAGCAGCACGAGGGCGCAUCUCAUCAGGAAGUGCAACCGAAUAGGGAGGAAAGACGGGUGGUGGGGCAAAAGACCAAACUUCAGACAGCAAAUAUCAAAAAAAAAAUCAGUCCCAAGAGUGAGAGUAAAAUAUUCAAAGCUUUCACCUCCUGCAAGUGCACCCAAAAGUAGGAGUAGCAUCACGUGCAAGUGUACAAAUGACUCAACAAUAACAACCGAACCACAAAUCGAAACUGAUAUGAAAUAUUUUUUGAUGCAUUUUCAAGGUAGAAACAUUGAGACAUUGAUGAAAAUACAAACCAAAGGCACU